CCUCUUCAUAUUAUCAUUCACGUGUAUCCCCACAAGCAAAGCCCCCAAUCCCUCUCCCACCAAAUGGCCAACUCUUAUCCCAUCUCAACUACUCUCUUCCUCUCCAUACUCUCCACCUCCGUUGCCCUCAUGACCACAAGCAUCAUCUCUUCCUCACCGCUCACCACCAAAGCUGCCGCCAUCACUAAUCCCGUCAGCCACCACCACGACGAUUACGUCAUCAGCAGCGGAGAAGAUCACGGCCCAUCCGGAGGAAAACGGCAGCAGCUUACCCACCUCCGCUUCUACUGGCAGAACGACGCCAGCUCGUCCCCCAACGCUACCGACGUGGUGGUGGUCCAGCCUGUAUCCAACUCCUCCGCCUUCGGCUGCAUCAGCAUGAUGGACGACCCGCUGACUGUGGGGCCCAGCCUCGGCUCCGCGUUGGUCGGUCGAGCGCAGGGUUUUUACGCCUGUGCUUCCCGGGAAGCGUUCGGCCUCCUGAUGGCAAUGAACUUGGUUCUCCUCCGCGGCGAAUACAACGGCAGCUCCGUCACCGUACUGGGGAGGAACGAGGUGCCCUUGAAGGUGAGAGAGCUGCCGGUGGUCGGCGGCACGGGGGUUUUCAGGAUGGCCACCGGUUAUGCUCUUCUCACCACUUCUUUCUUUGACCCCGCCGCCGGGAUCGCGGUUGUUGAGUACAACGUCUACAUCUGGCAUUACUAGCUAGCGCCUACUAGAGUAGCUACUAGCUAUUCAUAUAAUAUGAAGCUCUAGUUGUGUCUGUGUAAGCAUGAGAGUUUCGGGGGAAAUUUUAAUUAGACUUCUAAUUAUGACAAAAUUGUAUCUCAGUUUAGCAGGAACAGAUCAUCUCAGUAAUCCUAUGAUCAUUAAUUAUGAGUAAUCUAUCCACAUCAGCAUGACAUCAGUAUCUUCUCUUUCUUGAAAAGUCUUUUAUUUAUUCCCCUUUAAUCUUUAACGGACGAUUUCUCUUCCGUUUUAAUUUGAAAUUUAAUUUUUUUUUUGCAGAGAUAAAUCGGAUUAAAUGUG